AUAUCAAAAUAAUAUUGAUUUAGAAUAAUUUCAUUAAUUUCACACCAAUAAAAUUUUUAAUACCUAUAUGAUGUCUUCUGAUGAAUCAAUAAUGAGAAUCAAAAUGAUUCACAAUUCAACAGAUCCUGACUGAAACUGGGUUCUUCAAUUCAUGGAAUGUUUCCAACUGUAUUUGAAAUUCAUCUCCAAAUUCUUCAUAUCUCCUCACAAUAAAAAUGAUGGUCAAUUCCCGGUUAGAACAGAAGAAAGAAGAGCAAUUCGUAGUGCAUUUCAGAGUCAGCUUCAAACAUCUUUGUCUCUUAUCAGUUUCAUGCCCAUUUCUAUCCCUCAUGAUCUGCUUAUUGACUGCCUAUAUAUUUCAGUAUAAUGACAUACACGAAUCCCAUUGUCAGGUGUUCAACAUUAUUCCUUCUAUCAGUUCUAUAACUGGAAUAAGCCCACAGAGGUAUCUGUGGAGAAUCAGUAUUGCAUUCCAUGUUGGACCAAGGUUGAUAAUCUCAGCUGUUUACCGUGCAUAUCAUCUUAGUUUAAUAAACCGUUUUGCUCAACCAGAGACUAAGUUGAAGGCCCAAGUUUGGUUGAAUUCUGCAUUUAUGCUGAAUGCUAUUGAAACUGGAGCAUUGUGUGGUGUAACUUAUAUUUCUAACAGGGAGAACUAUGCAUGGCAUGAGAAAUUAUUCAUUAUCUUUAUGAUAAGCAGUUUAACUCAUAUGUUUGCCUGUAUACAUGGCAUUGAGGCAGUUGCUGAAUCAAGAAAUAAUAAGAAAGCAAUACAGAGAGAUUUACAAGUCAAGCAGUUUCUUCUAUAUGCUUCUCUCAUUUUUACAGGAGGCUUAGUUGGUUUUUUUAUGCAACAUAGAUAUCUUUGCCAUCGAAUGGCAUUCAGUAUGUUUGCUCUCUGUGAAUAUUUACUAGCCAUAGCAAACAUGGCUUUCCACAUUAGUUUAAUACUUGAUUUUCCUACUGAAUAUUUAUUGAUAGCCAAGAAAAUCAGUCAACAACCUCAGGAUGGUCUGAGAGACCAAAAAUUAGACUGAUGGAGUCUUCAAAUAACUUUUUAUCAUAUUAUUUAUUUUGUAUGAGAUAUGUUAAGUAUUAUGUAGAUUAGGGCCUAUGGAUUCUAGUCAAUUUAUUAGUCAAAAAAUCCAGGCGUGGUUUGAUCUCAAAUAAUAUUAGGUAGGUAAAUGGUUGAGAUAUCAUCAAUCAGGAACAAUUUUAAUGAUCUCUAUAUCCAGUUAGAAAAUAUAGGAAUCAUCAUUUAAUUAUAGUAGGAAUGCAAUUUUUCUUCCCAUUAACACUUCCAAAUUACCUAAUGCUUUUAUAGUGAGCCCUUGCAAGAUAUCAAAAUUAGUACCUGUAUUUUGUAAGCUUCAUAUAGUGAAAACUCCAUUACAAAUUACAAAGUUUUGUCAUUUACAUAUAUUGUAAAACAUUUUAUGAUAAUAAUAAUAGUGAAG